AUGGAAUGGGAGAGAUGGAGGCAAGAACUCAUGAUCCUGGCUGGCCUAGAAAUACCAAGAUGCUACAAGCCUGACAAUUUUGGUGAAGUCAAGAAAGUAGAGUUGCAUCAUUUUUCCGAUGCUAGUUUGGUCGGAUAUGGGCAAUGCAGCUACCUUCGGAUGAUCGAUGAAAACAACAAUGUCGACACUGCCUUGGUCAUGGCCAAAUCCAGAGUCGUUCCGUCAAAGCCCAUUACAAUUCCAAGGCUCGAGCUUACUGCCGCAGUAACAUCUGUCAAAAUUAGCAAAUUCCUGAGGCGAGAGCUGCAAUAUGAAGACCUUACAGAAGUAUUUUGGACUGAUAGUAUGGUUGUCUUGGGAUACAUCGCAAAUGACGCCAAGCGCUUUCAUAUAUAUGUAGCAAAUCGAGUACAGAAGAUCAGGGACAAUACAGCUGUGGAGCAAUGGAGGCACAUCGCAACCGACAACAACCCAGCCGACCUCACAUCUCGAGGAGCAAACGCCAGAGAGUUGAUCGACAGCCAGCUGUGGUGGAAAGGGCCAGCCUUCCUUUCCACUUUGAAGCCACUCAGUCUUUGCAAGAUUGACAACCUUGGUGAAGGGGAUCCAGAGAUCAAGAAGAUGACAACCCUGGCAACUGGAGCUGUAAUUGAAGCUGACAUAGGCCUACUCCCAAGAUUGCAGCGAUUCUCAAGUUGGUACAAGGCUAAAAGAGCUGUCGCUGUCUGCCUGAGGUUCAAGGAGAGGUUGCUUAAUCGGACAGCAAGGUUUUCUACAUACAAGCCAGUGACAGCUGAAGAAAUCUCUCAAGCUGAGAUGUUGAUCCUUAAGACAGUCCAAGCUGAGGCUUACUCUGAAGAAAUGCCCAUUCUUCGAGGAAUUAAGGCUGUAGACGACAAUGCUGACCAGAAGGGGUCCACAAACCGAGACAGUUGCAGGAGGCGAGACUUAGUUCUGAAGAAAAGCAGCAGCUUGUACAGACUUGAUCCUUAUCUGGAUGAAAAUGACAUCAUCAGAGUCGGUGGACGGAUCAGAAGAGCUAACGUUCCGAGGGGAGUUAAUCCUACCUGUCACCCUGUAUCACGAGAAGGAUCCAAGAAGAACAGUCGACGUUUACGCCCUCUUGGACCCACAGUCCGACACUUGUUUCGUCUCUGA